AUCCAAACCAAUCGCUACAAAAGCAUGAGAAAUUAUGCAAUGACCAAUCUUACGCAGGCAAAACCUACCGCCCUGUCUGCGAUUCAACAGACCAGUCUCGACAACAAAAAGUGGAUUCUAGUCGGAGCUCAACAAGCUGGUGCCAGUCCAAAGCGAAUGGCAGAAAUCGCUAGUCUCCCCAAAAGUACUGUUCGACGUAUUCUAUCCAACUUCUCCAGAACUGGCAUACCUUCUACAUCGAGUUCUCGUUCUCAUCCAUACAAAGACAUGGCAAUAGUGGAAUACGACUCUGAUGGAAAAGUUACAAAUUAUGAUGACAAUGCCUCCACCGUCAGCCAAAGGUCGUACAUUCGACCUAGAGCCAAGGAUCUAAUCGCAUAUGUCAAGGCUCAAAGAGCUCUGGAAGAGGCAGGAAAUAGCAAGACUACCACCAAGGCACGCAUGCAUCAGAAUGUGGUCGCAACCACUAGCCAUAGCACGCCACCACCGCCCACUUCAGAAAAGUUCCAAUUGAUGACACCUCCGCAAGAAUCAGAUACCAUGCAGCGACAGGCAAAUGCAACGGCGACGAUGAUUGCUCCACUUGAAAAAAGUGAACGCCGGUUUUCGCUUCCACCUUCCCCGCCGCUCCACCCAGUACCACUGGACACAGCAUUGCCCAGCAAAUCCUUGCCUCAAGCCUUUUCUGUCCAUGAACCUUGGACUAAACAAGAUGAUGAAAUAUUGCUCAAACAUGUCUUCUCAUCCGUUUCUGACGGAGACUGGACUGCCAUUGAGAAAAAGCUGCAAGGCCGCCACCGUGCUUCCAUAUGUCGUGAUCGCUGGAGAAAGUUGCAAGCUGCUAUGCUCGAUGAUUAAUAGUAAACCAUAGCGAACUAUAGUUUUUUCCAUUCAUAUUACGUUCUUAACGAUGGGCUGUCGUACCUUUCUCGUAGCUUAAUCUCCCACGCCCCUAUCCUACUUAUUCUCUUUAGUAUAUUGCAUAUCUCUAGUUCCUUCCCCAUCCCUUUCGCAACUCGCUUAUGUACA